GCGGCUUCUGUAGCAGCAGCAGGAGGAGGAGGAGGAGGAGGAGGAGAGCUCGUCCUUUGACGUGGAAUAUUUCCGUAAAGAGACGAUGGAGGAGUAGCAGUGCGGAGCUCGAAGAUAUCCCGUAUUAUCCAUAAAUCGAGACGGGAUUUCGCACUGCACCCUCAGUUGGAUCUGGGUUCACGGGAGUUGACAGUCGACAGUCUUCCGCAGACUGACCCCCUUUCUGUCCCCCCGCCUCCUCGCACUCAGCUACAGUCAUGAUAAAAGCCAUUUUAAUAUUCAACAACCAUGGGAAACCGAGGCUUUCUAAAUUCUACGAGCAUUAUAGUGAAGACACGGAGCAACAGAUCAUCAGGGAAACCUUCCACCUGGUCUCGAAAAGAGAUGAGAACGUCUGUAACUUCCUCGAAGGUGGAAUGUAAGCUUGGGAUUGGGGGGCUGUGUGUUCGAAAUGCGAACAGAAGUAAAACACUCGAGUUAAUCAUCUUCGUGCUGAGAAGGUUGAUUGGAGGAUCGGACUACAGGCUGAUCUACAGACACUACGCCACACUGUACUUUGUGUUUUGCGUGGACUCCUCGGAGAGUGAGCUAGGGAUUUUAGACUUGAUCCAGGUAUUUGUGGAAACGCUGGACAAAUGCUUUGAGAACGUCUGUGAGCUCGACUUAAUUUUCCAUGUCGACAAGGUCCACAACAUUCUGGCGGAGAUGGUGAUGGGCGGGAUGGUGCUGGAGACCAACAUGAACGAAAUCAUCACGCAGGUGGAUUCCCAGAACAAGAUGGAGAAGUCUGAGGCCGGUAUUGCAGGAGCGCCGGCUCGUGCCGUGUCAGCUGUAAAGAACAUGAACCUGCCGGAAAUGCCCAGAAACAUCAACAUUGGUGACAUCAGCAUCAAAGUGCCAAAUUUACCCUCCUUCAAGUAGUGGCAGCGACAUCGUGAAGCUGCAGAUGUGAGCCAAUGUUUACCGCGAUGCAAUCUGUAUACCAAAACCUCAAAUUACCAACUUUUAUCAAAACUACACAGAUUGAAGGUACCGUUUGAUUUGACACUCCUUGUUUUGGUGUUUUUUUUCCCCCUCUCUCCUGCUACAGAAGAAACGUUUUACGUAUUUAGUUUGUGCUAUCUGUAUGAAGAAAAAAUGAAGUAUUUAUUUAUUUGUGGUACAUUCCUUCUGCCUCGAUGGAGGUUUGCCCUUGAUGUUCAGCUGCUACAGUACAGAUCUGUGUCAGUUUUGUAACUGAAAUGAUUUCACUGACAAGUGUUUACUCGGAGAGAGCGUGGCAGGUAGUGACGUUGUGGGACAGUCUCAUUGGUGUGGGUAUUCCACUCAAUCAAUGGAGGAAACUAUUUCGAGGACCAAAUCAAAACGGGUCGGCCACAGUAUUGACGGUCAUGCAUUACAGCUCAUUUGUAAAAUCAGUGCAAAGAAUAUUAUUGUAUUACAGAUAUGCUGUGUGACAGAAAUAUGGAAAUAUAUAUGCUGACAUGAUUUUCUAUUGUCUUAUUUGUACGCAAAAUAUUUUAUCAUGUCUUAUCAAAUAUUUCUCUUAAUUUUAAUUUGUGCAUGACUUUUUUUUUCUUUUUUUCUUUCCUUUUUCAACAUAAUAAACUGUCGAAACGCAA